CUCAAAGAUAUCAUAGUCGGACAAAUGAACGAAGAUUUUAGCGACGGAGACGACGACGACAUGAAAUACAACGAUCCCAAUUACGAUUACAAUGAAGAACUGAAGAAAUACGAGAAAGAACUCGACCAACGGAUGAAAUAUGCCAACGAUCAACCAUUUCCAAUGGGAGACGAAGAAGAACAAAACGACGACGGUUUUGUCAUAGACGAAGCAGAACAGAAGCUGAUGAAGAAUGACGGAGGAGAAGAAGUGGCAGAAGAAUCAGACAAAGAAGAAGAAGAAACACCAAAUAUAAUCCCAAAGAAUUUCUCUCUCAAAUCCCAUCGCAACAACAAAUACCUCCGCUACACAAACGACGGCGAAAACUCCGACGGUCUACUCCGCUUCUCAAGCAAGAACAUCGUCGGCCCGUACUCAAAAUUCGCCGUUCGCGCCUCCAAAAGCCACCGCGGUUUCGUCCACAUAAGAUCCUGCUACAACAACAAAUUCUGGAUCCGUCACUCCGCCAACGACAAUCGCAUCGCCGCCGUCGCCAACGAGGAGCAAGAAGACGACGUGUCGGCACCGUCAUGCACGCUUUUCCAGCCAAUUUUCAUCCCAGAGAAAAACGGCUGCUACAUCCGACACAUCCAGCUCGACAAGUAUCUCUCCAUAGACGAACAAGACAAUUUAGUCGCGAAUAUUGGACUAGAAAACGUGGGAGAAAUCGACGAGAAGACGGUCCUCUUCACCGCCGUUGAUUGGGACUCCAUUUUCGUACUCCCCAAAUACGUCGCCUUCAAAGGCAACAACGGCGACUUCCUCGAAACCUCCGGCAAAUAUCUCAAAUUCUCGGCCUCCAGCGUGGAAGAUCCAGCGGUCGUGUUUGAGGUGAUCGCCAUGGAAGAUGGUUACAUUCGGAUAAAGCACGUGAGAUCUGGCAAGUAUUGGAGGAGAGACCCGAAUUGGAUAUGGUGUGAAUCCAUAGACACCAAAAGGAGCGAUCCCAACACUUUGUUUUGGCCUGUCAAAGUUGAUAACAGCAUUGUGGCUCUGCGCAGCAAAGGCAACAAUCAUUUCUGCAGGAGUCUGACGGCAGAUGGAAAAACUGAUUGCCUUAAUGCUGCAGAUUCCACCAUUACAAACCCUGCACGACUUGAAGUGAUCGAGGUUGUUGUUGCGAGGAGCAUUGAGAAUGUGGAGUAUCGGGUUGAGGAUGCCAGGGUUUAUGGGAAGAAGAUUCUGACGGUGUCGAAGGGAGUGGCCAUUAACAAGACGGAGGUUGCAGACCACGUGACCAUGAAGUUUAGGUAUGAGAAGAAGGUGGAGAGGAUGUGGAGUUCGUCUGUUUCGAUGACUUUUGGGAUGGCCGCAAAGUUUACGACGAAGAUUCCGACAGUGGGGAGUAUGAAGUUCGAGCUUUCGUUUGAACAGAGCAGCGAGAAGACGAGGGAGGAGAGCGAGAAGGAAAAAUCGUUCGAGGAAACUUCAGAGACCAUAACAAUUGCUCCAAUGUCGAAAGUGAAAUUUGGUGCUGUGGUGUCGCAGGGAUGGUGUGAUAUUCCUUUUAGCUACACUCAGAGGGACACUUUGAGAGAUGGAACACAAGUAACGCAUCGGUUUGAGGAUGGGAUUUUCACUGGAGUUACUACGUAUGACUACAAAUUUGAGACAGAGAGGCUUGCAAUCUGGGAUGGAGAAAAUUGGUCGAAGACAGUCGUGUCGAGUUCUGGAGCAGUGGAAGAAGAUGACGAAUCCAGCGGAAGCGACUAGUUAACGAACAAAUACCUGAAAAAUAAAACUGCCACUGAGUAUUGUGUGUGCUUCUUGUAUUUUCAAUUACUGUAAUUUGUUUGUGUUGGUAGGACUGGUUUUAUGAUGUUGUGUCUGUGGAAUCUAAGGGUAAAGCAUAAAUUGGUGCGGGAAUAAGUCUUUGUAACCCUUUUCUGUUUGAAAAUCAAUAAAUGUUUAAACUUCUCUUGAUUACA